UUGCUGCUACAAGUGUGAUAAAACAUUUGUGAUAAAGUCACUUGCUUCAACUCUGCUGGACUUUGUUGGACUCUCCACCAUCAUUUAACUGCAAGCCUACGAAGUCAACUGACACAGUAACUGCCAUUACAGAACAAAAAACAUUCCCUCAAAGAAUUCAUAAAAAUCCAUCAAAACAUGCAGAAUUUCCCCAACAGUCCAGCACCUCCAGCUCUUCCUCCUGGAUUUACUAGUAGGGGUGGAGGUGGCUCCGCUUACCCACCACAGUCAACAGACCCCCAGAUAUCCCCAAGGAUGACAGAUGACUACACUGGGAUGCAACAGCAAACACCCCUAAACCCACAAAGUCACAGUCGACACCUACUCCAUCGAGGGCACCACCACCCUAGUCAGGCUGGUCAUAUGCUUGCUUAUGAUGCAAGAAACAGAGCUGGGGAAUCAUCACACAGUAAUAUUCACAGUGGCAGUAGUAGCAACCCUUACCGAAAGGAAACAAUGGAUUAUUAUUUUGCAAUGGGUGGAAAGGACAGACAUAGAAGAGGAGGUAUGGCAUAUGGGGCAGGUUUUGGGUACUCAAAUAUGGAUGGACAUAUACCUCAGCAGUACAGACAAGCUGGAACUAGCUCCGGAUCGUCCUCCGGGAUAAUGUCUCCCUAUCCUUCGGACUAUGGUUCUACAGCUGGCUCAGGUGGUGGUAGUAGCAGUGGCAGCAGUGGUGCUGGAGCAUUUUCCCCCUCCCAUCAGUACAAAAUGGGUCAGAACCCUGCAAUGAAGCCAGCAUCAGGGCCUCAGAUGCAGCACCGCCAACAUGGGCAGAAUUACCCCGCCCAUCAAGCUCUGCAACAUGGACAGCAGCAUAGGACUUAUCCCAUCUCUGGACACAGAAUGCCUCCACAGUUCUCACACUACUCCCCACAGGGUAGUGCAUCCACAGGGUCAUCAGGAAUGUACAGCUCCCCACCACAGGGAUAUCAUGAUGGGGCCAGCAGUGGUGGUGGAUUUGAACCUAAAGUCAACAACUCUCCUAAUAUGAACUCUAAUUCAAACUCAAUUUCAAGUUCAGCUAAAACAAACAGUGUUGGAUCACUGGAGAAUGUUGCACAGAGUUACCACUCUUCAAGUUAUCCCUCAUACUCCCCACAAACUCAUUCACUCCACAAACAAGCCACCCUCCAUCACCGCAAUUCUCAGCACAAUUUAGGAAUAGGUUACGACAACUCUCUCAAAAUGCAGCAUCAUGCCCCUCCACCAGGUUCUGUAUACUCUAAACAUCACCAAUCCGCCAAUCCCGGAAUGCCUCAUCAAGCGUGUCAAGAAGUCGCCAAAUCACCAAUGCGCUCUCAACCCCAACAGGGCCAGAUUAACCAAAACUUCAGCCCUAUAUCUAACCCCUCUCCAGCUGCCUCUGCAGUGCAGUCUCCCAGUUGUAGCUCCUCACCUUCCCCGUUGAUGGGUGUCUCAGAAGGUCAUGGAAACCCUUCAUGUCCCCUAUCACAUGUUCCAUCACAUCCUCCUCCCCCAAACCCUCGUAGCAGCCAUAGUCGGUUACUGCAGGCUAUGCCUCAGUUGAGUCCCACACCCAACUCUAACAGCAGCAUCAGUAGUUGUGGCAGCAGUGGCAGUAACAAAGCUGCUGGUCUGAAUACAAGUGCUGGAGGUGGUCACUCAGUCUCAAACCGAAGCAGAAUGGGUGCAGGUACAGGAAAAGGAUCACGUGAAGAAGGGUCAUCCUCGUCUGUCUAUUCAUCUUCUCCUCUUGACAAACUCAUGCAAGACCCUGGCCUGAACAGUCUAAAUGCGUUGACAUCACAGGUAGCAAAUUUACCCAACACAGUGCAACAUAUGCUUCUCACUGACACAUUGAUGUCACAUAGAAGGGGGGAAAGAUGGACAAAGUCAAAUGCAGCAGGCAUUACAAGCCAUGCCCUCUACUCAACCAAGGAGUCGAAGUGUCAGUGCUGCCUCAAGCAGUGGGAUAGGUGGUGGUGA